CCUAAAGUAAGUCUUGGUGCACCUCUACCUGUUGACCAAUGUCUCCCACUUCUACAAAGGAAUUCCGAAUUAUUCAGUGAGAAUCAAGACCGCGUACCCACAACAACAUGAAGAUUGCUUUUAUUUUGUUUUUAGUCACUUGGCUGACCGUAAUAUCUUUGGCCGACAGUGUACCUCAAUCACUUGCAGCUACUGUGCAUCACACAAAAUCCGUCGAACAAGCUCAUGGAGACCACAAAAAUGCUCAAAAGCAUAGUACGCACAAACAAACGAAAAAAUCCGGGAAAAUGUCGCAACACGACGUGGACAUGGCGAAAAAAGGCGAAAAACUGGUUGAAAAACAAGUGAAGACCGAGGCCGAACAUGGCGGCAAGAAAAUCGAACAUUUCGCCGAAGCUGGACACAAAAGCUUCAAGCAGCUUCAAGAGGACUCGCAGCACGGUGCCAAGUUCCAGGAAGGAAAACACCACAAGAAGGGAAACUUCAAAAAGGGUUUCAGGGAAAAAUAUCACAAGGAUGAAUUGAAAAAACAUGACAGCUUUUUCAGUAACUCUCAUAAAAGUGGGCAGUAUAAGAUAUUUGGAAAGAAAAAUCAGAAACAUCAAUCCAAUUCAGUUGCUAAGAAGAAGGGAAACAACCACAAGAAAUCAAAGUCUGAUGAAACUCACGGAAGAUCCUUAAAAAAACUAUCAGGACACAAUAUAGACUUGAAAUCAGGACAUCAAAAUGAAAAAACGACCAAAUCUCACCAUGAGCGUGCGAGUAAAUAUGCCAAAAAAGGGGGCAAAAAAGGAGGAAAGCAGUACAAAUACAUUGGAGUGGGGCCAAAGUAAAUAUUUAUAAAUAAGUUAUGAUAAUAUUUUUUGUAAAAUGUAAUUUAUUCGCGGGUACAAAGAAUGAUGGUGUCGUACUUUUUAUCCUAACUACUAGAUACUCGUGGUUAUUUAUACUAAAAUAUAUAAAG